CUCACCGGCAACAAAACCAUGGCAGCGCAUCACCCCUUCGACCCGCUUUCAGCGGCCGAGAUUGAAGCUGCGAUCAGCAUCGUGAAAAAGGCACACGGCGAUGUCUUUUUCAACGUUGUAUCCCUCCGCGAGCCGCGCAAAGCCGAAAUGACGGCUUGGCUUGCGAAUCCUACGGCAGUUGCCAAGCCCGUUCGUGUGGCAGAUGUGGUCGUUAUUGCGCCAGGAGGCAAGGUUUACGAUGGGCUGGUCGAUUUGUCCACCGGCUCCAUUAUUAGUUGGGAGCUCCUUGAUGGAUUGCAGCCGAUUAUUACGAUGGAGGAGCUUAUGGCUGUCGAACACGUGUGCCGCACCGAUCCCAAAGUCAUUGAGCAGUGCGUUCUUAGUGGCAUAUCCAAAGAUGACAUGCACAAAGUAUACUGCGACCCCUGGACGAUCGGCUACGAUGAACGCUACGGCAGCAAGGUCCGUCUGCAGCAGGCGCUCAUGUACUAUCGCCCAGACGUCGAUGACUGCCAGUACCAGUAUCCGUUGGACUUUUGUCCCAUCUACGACGCGGCAAAGCAGGAGAUCAUCGCCAUCGACAUACCCGAGGUGCGCCGCCCGUUGAGCACCGUCGCGCCGGUCAACUACCACCCUGCUGCCGUCAACAAGGCGGGGGGAUAUCGAAACAACCUCAAGCCAAUCAACAUCACGCAGCCAGAGGGCGUGUCCUUUAAGCUUGACGGCCGCUAUAUAGAGUGGCAAAACUGGAAGUUCCACAUUGGCUUCAACUACCGUGAAGGCAUCGUGCUCAACGAUAUCACCUUUAACGACAAGGGCAAUGUCAGACCCGUGUUCUAUAGACUAUCUCUCUCGGAGAUGGUUGUUCCCUAUGGCUGCCCGGAGCGCCCUCACCAGAGGAAGCACGCGUUCGACCUCGGGGAGUACGGUGCUGGUUACAUGACCAACAGCCUCGCCCUGGGAUGUGACUGCAAGGGCUCUAUCCACUAUCUGGAUGCUGACUUUCCUACCCGGAACGGCGAGAUCCGCAAGAUCAAAAACGCCAUUUGCAUCCACGAGGAGGACGCCGGUAUUCUCUUCAAACACAGCGACUUUCGGGACGAUUCUACCAUUGUAACGCGGGCUAGGAAGUUGAUCAUCCAGCAGGUGUUUACUGCUGCAAACUACGAAUAUGCCGUACAGUGGAUUUUCCAUCAAGAUGGCUCGAUCCAGCCUGAGAUCAAGCUCACCGGCAUCCUCAACACAUAUACCAUGAACCCAGGCGAGGACACACAUGGCUGGGGCACACAGGUUUAUCCCGGGGUGAAUGCCCACAACCACCAGCACCUCUUCUGCCUUCGCAUCGACGCCAACGUCGAUGGGCCCAACAACACGGUGUUCAUGUCGGACGCAGUCCCCUCGGAGGCCCCCGUGGGUAGUCCCGAGAAUUUUUACGGCAACGGCUUCUACGCCAAGCGCACAAAGUUCCGCACGACGGCCGAGUCGAGAACCGACUACAACGGAGCGACGAGCCGGACCUGGGAGAUCUGCAACACCAACCGUCUGCACCCGUACAGCGGCAAGCCCGCCUCUUAUAAGCUCAUCAGCCGAGAGGUGCCUGGCUUGUUGCCCAAGGAGGGCUCUCUGGUGUGGAAAAGAGCCGGGUUUGCAAGACAUGCCGUGUGCGUGACGAAAUACGCCGACGACCAACUCUGGGCAGCCGGCCGCCACGUGCCUCAAACCUCGGGCGAGCCGUCUCUCGGCCUCACGGAGUGGGCGGGCGACGGAAGCCAGUCCAUCGAAAACACAAACGUGGUGCUGUGGCACACGUUCGGCGUGGUGCACUUCCCAUCCCCCGAGGACUUCCCCGUCAUGCCCGUCGAGCCCAUCACGCUGCUGCUCAAGCCCAGAAACUUCUUCCUCAACAACCCCGUCAUGGAUGUUCCCCCGAGCUUUGCGAGCACGCCUAGCCAGGUCAAGGCCAACGGCGAGGGGGUGCUCAACGCUGCGGACGGCGUGAGCAAGCUGGCCUUUGAUUGCUGUCGUCGCACAAGUCAUUUGUAA